ACUGAUAUUGACGCCCUCACACAGCGACGUCGCGCACCUGUCUCGCCCACGAUAUACUCCCUACGACCCCUCGCACACUUUUACGACCCCGCUAGCCCCUCGUCUUCGCAACUAUACGCAGCGCAACCGCCAACAUGGUGAAAGACACAAAGUUUUACGACAUCCUUGGGGUGUCUCCAGAUGCCACAGAAGCACAGCUCAAGUCCGCAUACAAAAAGGGCGCCCUGAAAUGGCACCCGGAUAAAAACGCACACAACCCUGACGCCGCCGACAAGUUCAAGGACCUCUCACACGCAUACGAAGUUCUCCAGGACUCGCAAAAACGACAACUCUACGACCAGUAUGGCGAGGAGGGUCUCGAGCAGGGAGGUAUGGGCGGCGGCGGCAUGGCUGCCGAGGAUCUGUUUGCGCAGUUCUUCGGCGGCGGCGGUGGUGGCCCAUUUGGAGGCAUGUUCGGCGGUGGUAUGCGCGAGCAGGGCCCCAAGAAGGCGCGUACUAUCUCCCACACCCACAAGGUCUCUCUCGAGGACAUCUACCGCGGUAAGAUUUCCAAGCUCGCCCUACAGAAGUCUGUCAUUUGCCCCAAGUGCCACGGUGUCGGUGGUAAGGAGGGUGCUGUUAAGAAGUGCGCUGGCUGCGAUGGCCGUGGUAUGAAGCACAUGAUGAGGCAGAUGGGUCCCAUGAUCCAGCGCUUCCAGACCGUCUGCCCUGACUGCCAGGGAGAGGGCGAGAUCAUCCGCGACAAAGAUAGGUGCAAGCAGUGCAACGGCAAGAAGACCAUUAUCGAGCGCAAGGUUCUGCACGUCCAUGUCGACCGCGGUGUCCAGAGCGGCCACAAGAUCGAGUUCCGCGGUGAAGGCGACCAGCUUCCAGGUGUCGAGCCUGGCGAUGUCAUCUUCGAGAUCGAGCAGAAGCCGCACGCCCGUUUCCAGCGCAAGGGCGACGACCUCUUCUUCCACUGCGAAAUCGAUCUCCUGACCGCCCUUGCUGGUGGCCAGAUCCACAUCGAGCACCUUGACGAGCGGUGGUUGACCGUCGACAUCAUCCCCGGCGAGUGCAUUAGCCCUGGCGAAGUCAAGGUUAUCCGCGGCCAGGGUAUGCCAUCCUACAGGCACCACGACCACGGCAACCUGUACAUCCAGUUUGACGUCAAGUUCCCCGAGCGCCUUGGCGGCGAGGACGGCACACCUAUGACACCUGAGCACAUCCGCGCCCUCGAGUCCGUUCUGCCGCCACGAAAGGCCCCCGAUGCCACACCUCCUCCUAACGCCAUGACUGAGGACUUCACUCUCGAAGCUGUUGACCCCACACGCGAGCAGACACGCGCACGAGGCAUGGCCAGCCCAGACGAUGAUGACGAUGACAUGCACCCUGGUGCCGAGCGCGUCCAGUGCGCAUCGCAGUAAGAUGUGAGCGAGAAAAGUUGAUAGCGAACGAUUUACGACGAACGAAGCACGAUACGAAGCAUGAGGAGAAUGGAGUGGGGACGGCGUCGUGGCUUCUGGGGGUGAUGUUUUGCAUGACGAUGGUGUUCAGGCAUACUGGCUACGCAUAUCACAGCCAAGCAUAUCUGAGCAGAAUACGCUUCGAUGUAUGAAAGCGUAAAGGAGAUUUUCUCUUCGAUAGACCGG